AUGACGGCAGUGCUUGCCUCGAGGACCCAGUUCUUCCGCAUGAAAAAUGAAGGCAAGAAGACGACGUUUCCGGUGCUUGGCUUCCGCAGCGAGCGAGCUCGCAGUAACUCGAUCGGCAUUCGCACCAAGACAGAAGGUUUUGAGUUGGUCGACGAUGGCGGCAAGCACUACGUGCAAUUUCACUCCAAGUUCUUCGGUGCAUCUCUGGGCAAGGGCAUCCGCUUGAGCCACGCGGUUCCGACUCCCGAGCACAUGGCCCGACUCAUCCGCGUGCGCGGGGGCAAGUACUACUUCGCGUUCUCCACGCACAAGGAGUUCGAGCAGAGCGCUGGCACCCGCGUGGGCGGCAUGGACCCGGGCGUGCGCAAAUACCUGAAGCGCCGGUACGAGGUCAUUGACGCGAGGAAGUCGCGCCUGGCCAAACUGGACAACGCAGCCAAGGCGGCGGCCAAGGAUCGCGAGUCUACCAAGCUGCACACCGACCAGAAAGUGGCCAACGCCAAGACGGUCAAGCCCCCCAAGUCGCGCGAGCACCGCCGUCGCGCUCGGCUGCGGAGGGAGAUACAGCAGACCAACACCAAGAUCACCAACGCCGUGAUCGACUUCCACCACAAGUUCGCCAGCUGGAUCGCCGCUACCUUCAAGACGUUCCUGCUGCCGUCGUUCCAGACGUCCCUCAUGGUGCGCAAAUACGAGGUGGAGAUGGCAGCGGACGGCACGCCGGAGAAGCGCCGCAUCUGCAGCCCUACGGCGCGCAGAAUGCUGGGCCUCCGCCACUACAGCUUCUCGCAGAUACUAAAGCACAAGAUGGAGCGGGCUGGCGGGCGGCUGAUCUCCUGCGACUGCGGAAAGAUCAAGGAGAAUCUUGGCGGGAAGGAGGUGUACAAGUGCGACUUCUGCGGCGCGGUCAUGGACCUAGACCUGAACGGGGCCAAGAACAUCAUCGCCCACGAGCCGGCUAGCUACGCAGAAUAG